AAAAUGUUGGUACCUACAUAUAUUAUUUUGGUGUUGUGUUCCUUAAAAAAUAAAAUGUUCCUUUUUUAAUACUUAUUUAUUCACAUCACACAGAUAAAUCAAAUUCAAUUUUAUAAUAAUAUACAAAUUUUAUUUUGUAAAAACAACAUCAACAACUAGAACAAAAUUAUUAAUGCAGCAAUGGCAUCCUCAAGUUGGCGUUAUGGCAAACGAAAUAAAUACCGUGCCAAAGUUUCACAAGAUUCAGAGGAUUAUUAUCGUUUGGAUCCAAAAAAGUCGGCUGCAGAGAAUUGUUUUGAUAUUUAUACAGCAUUGUGCUGUCGCGACACACGCGAUACAAAGCGUCUCUUUCUUCUUAAUGGAUUGGCCACAUUAUGCCAGCAGCAAGAGCAGCUUAAUAAAAAACUAAUAUUUUCAGCAAGAGGAGCUACUCAUUUAACUGGUAGUUCUACGAUUUCUGCAGCAACAUUAACUUCGGUAGCGGUAUCUAGGAAUAGUUUGGGUUUCUCUACAGAGGAGUUACUCUAUUGCUUGAGCGCAUCUCUCAUACAUACAUUUACGCAAGUUCGAGCUGCAGCUUUACGUACAAUUCGUUAUGUUUUGACCACAAUGAAGGACGUCAAAGUAUUUAAUUCAAUGCAAUUGCCACACCUGCUAUGCCGAUCUAUCGAUUUAAUGCUUAAGAAUGAUGACGAGCGGGUGCAAGCAUUGAAAUUGAUACGAAAAAUGCUUGCAAUAUCAGCAGAAAAUAUCAGCCCAGUUUUGGUACGUUGCUUGGUGUCCCUGGCGGACACUGGCAUUGAGGAAAGUGAUAAUUUGUUAAGAGCUUGUUUGGCAACGCUCUGCGAGUUUGCUGUAUUAAAUCCAACAUUACUUAUAUGCUGUGGCGGAGUUACGUCAAUAACACGUAACGUGUUGGAGUGCCAUAAUCCACGAAUCGCAGAGAGUUUAAGUGGUGUACUAUUGUAUUUGCUGGAGUGGCCUCAAACUCGCAAUAUAUCAGGUGUACGCUUGGAUUGUUUGGCAGCUCCCUAUUGCGACUUUACAUAUCGUUUAGGGAUUAUGGAUAAAAAUAAAGAUGCGCGAGAGUUACGUUAUACAAGUUGCCGGCUAGCAUUGUUGUCUGUUCUACGCAGCUGGACUGGGACCAUUGAAUUCUGUGAUCCAAGUAAACCAUCUGGUUUAAAAGCAAUAGUUGACGCUUUAUAUUUAAAUCAAAUAGAAGUUAGAAAAGCAAUUCUUGAAUUGCUAUAUGAACUGUUAGGUCUUCCACAACCAAUAUGGACUGAAGAUUAUGUCGUGGCUUUGCAGGCGGUUGAUCCGUCUGAUUUCCAAGAUAACUGGCUUUUGAGUAAUGGAUUCGUGGCCGCUGAGGGUCGCAGCAUUUUACCAAGUUUAGCUGCCCGAACGCCAAAUAUAUGUGAACAACAUUUAGCUUUACAGUUGUACUGCUUUCUUGAGACUGGUCUUGUCAAUGCUCUAGUAGAGGUUAUUGUUUCAAGCGAAACUGCAGUAUCCGUUGCCGCCACCGUUCUAAUUGGAAAAAUACUCCAUUUAAUGCACACACAUCUUCCAGCCGAUAUCUGUAGUACUAGCCCCGCAUUGCCGACUUUAAUAUCACACGCAACCCAAGGAAAUCAACGAGCAAGUGCAGCUAUAUCAGCAUUGCAAUGCUACCAAAAGAUGCUAAGAAAUCGACCGGCUUCAAGUAGUUUAUUUUUAGAUAGUAUUAUUCAGGAAGGCUCUCUUAUACACACUAGACUUUUUAGACGAGAAAUCAAUGCCUUACCUUUUCCGUCCAGCUUGCAAUCGCCAACGUCAACACAAGCUAACACUGGCGUAGCACCGUUACAGCCAAUGGGCGGUACAUUAGAGAGGACACGCCUUGAUUCUGUAUCUUCGAGUGACGAGUCAAAUUCUCAAUCUUCAUCAACGAGAAGAUCAAGUUUCCGUUUGAAAUGUAAAUUUCUUCCAUUUCUGGAAAACAUCAAAGUUAAUCGUUUAAUUAAAGACUCGAAUGUUUUAACAACUAAAGACGGCUCUGGUUGGGAUUGGGAAGUUGUAUCUACUAUAAUAAGGUGUAACUUGAUACGAAAAUUGGAAGAGCCGAGUUUACAGUUCCUUAAAAAUCUUAUCGGUUAUUUCAAACCCAGCUACAAUCAUUUUUCUCACCAGGAACUAGUGCAUGGUAAAUCUUUACCAGUUUACGUAAAAGUUGGUUUAGAUUUUAUCGACUGGUUGCUGGCUAUCAGUCCCUUUGAAAGCAUUCGUUUAUUGACUGAUUUUUUUACGGAUGUGGCCACUCAGUUGUUGGCUGUAACCACAUCGAAUCGUGCUCACGAUUGUCUAUUCAGUCCCCAACAUAUGAACAACACUAUGUGUCAACAGUAUUUUUUAUUUAUUGGACGUAUGUGUCGUUCCCAGAAGGGCAUCAGUAUUUUAACAAAUACAGCUGUAUUCGAACAUCUUAUUAAUCUGGUUCGGAAUACAGUGCACGUGUGCUAUGUAAAGUUAAUAGUUUCCGGUUUGGAUUACACAUUGGACUCGGUCACACGCAAGGUAUUGGAAAAUGCUUUAACUUCUGCGAAAACCCGAAGUGGUCGUCUAUAUGCUACUCAAUUUUUAGUAGUUUUAUUACGUUCGCGCAUACCAAACUUCGAAGUUUGGGGUAUACCAUUGAUUAUACAACAAACGAAAGAUCCUGAUCGUAGUGUUGUGCUAGCAGCAAUGGAUGUUCUGGAAGAAGCUUGUCAUGAAAAGUAUUAUCUCGAAGAAAUUGUCAGUUUGUGGCCAAACUUAAAAUCUCUUGGCGAUAUUGGUCGCAUAUUAAUGGCACGGUAUUAUUCCUUAUCACGUGGUCUGAAUCAACCAAAAGCUCGCAUUAAAGAAGAAAUCGAGUACUGGAAAAAUGGUUACAAUAAGAGAUAUGUGUUGCUGGUAGAAGCCGAUACACAUUCCAGUUUAACAUUGCACAUUCGUAACGAAGACGGGUACUACAGUCGAAGAAAUUGCAAUACACGUCCCAUAAUUAUUCCUCCAAAUAUGCCGGCUCAUCUAUAUGGCCAGAUGGUGCAAACGACGCAGGGCACAACAGCAUUAAGGAAAUUUGGUGACUUGCCACAACUAAUGGAUAUUGUAUGUCGUGGUAAGUGUUCAGAUGAAUCCGAAUGUCUUGAACUCAAAGCAGCCAUAUGGGCCGUUGCUCAUGCUUCUACUCAUUCGAAUGGAAUCGAAUUUUUCUUAGAAUCUGGAACAAGAAUUUAUGAUAAGUUUGUAUUUUUGGCAACAAAGUGUGAGGUAUAUUCAAUACGUGCCACAUGUUACAAUUCUUUGGGUCUCAUUGGCAGCACAAAUGCUGGAGCCAAUGUUUUAUUUAAAUUAAAUUGGUUAAGUGUUCGGCAUGAUCGAAAUACUUUAUGGCCAGUUCACCAACCAGAAGACUGGAUGUUGGGUAAUUACACGCCUGUAAGACAUCACUAUGAAGAUAUGCCCCCGUAUAACUAUACCGGCUUAGAUGAUCAAAUUGAUGGUUCCUAUUACACUGGCAGCUAUUGGAAUCUGCUUUUAAGUAGCACUAGCACAAACCGUGAUGCUGUUGGGGCAGCUAGUGCGAGUUCAGAGGCUCAAGAUGCCAAUACUACCACCGAUAGCAUAAAGACAUCGGGAGAAGAGGUUAGUGGAGACAAUGGUUCACAACCAAAUAAAUUUAGUUCGCCACGAACUAAACUUGAGAAGACGUCCUCUUCUAAGCAGGUUGGAUCAGCAAGUAUUGGUGUUGGUGGGACAAGUGUAAGUGGUAGUGUCAGUGCCAGUGGCAGUGUAAAUGUUUUACCCGCUUCUAUUAAAUCGAAAACAUUGCCAGAAGGCUCCUACUUGCGUCACGGCAAGCAUCAACGUUCUCUGUCUGAGUCCAAAACGACCGAUGUAAUAAGUCUUUUGAGUUCAACGGGUACAGGUAUUGUUCCAGCGUCGAGUGCCGGAUUUCACCAUACGCAUCGAACUCGUUACAACUCAUGUACGGAUUCAAAUACAUCUGGUGUAAGUAGUUGUGAAUCUGUUACAGGAAGAGCAGCAGCGAUGGGGGAGUUUCAACAGUUUCCCUUGAGUCCCAUACCAAGUAUGUCGAAUCUUUUAGAAAUUCCGUUGGGUCAAUCGUCACUACUUCGGCGUACUUCGCUGGUCGGAACAUCGUAUUUACAAAAUGCCAUAAGUCCGGUCGACAUAAAAGGAUAUGCUCAGUUGCGUUCUCUACGUAGACAUUGUCGACCAGUUUUAUCUGAGUCGGCCGCCGAACUUUACGAUAUAGUUGAUCGCAUGGAAUUGCUAUCAUUUGCUUCAUUUAGACCACGAAAAUCAUCAUUUGGAGAUUCCCAGCGUAAAAUAAAGGUGCGAAGUUUAGACCGCCAGACUUCUUUAAGAAUGUAUGCACAUUUAGAUACCGAAGAACUACAGGUACCACUGCCAUCUUUAAAUGCACCGAAAUUUUUAUCGCAAAACGACUUAAAAGGACCUUCUUAUUCAGGUAUAAGCCUGCCAAAAAAUUUAUUAGACAUGUUCCCGACUCGCAAUCUUUCACGAACAUAUGUUUCACAAGACAUUCAAGAUCAAGACCUAAUGGACGUUAAUUUGCUGACAUCUAAACAACAAUACCUAAAUGAUUCCCUCAAUAAUGAAGGUGGGGAUGAAUCAUCGGUCAUAUCGUCCAUCUCCGAUGUGUCGUCGGUUAGCAAGCGAACGAAAUGGAUAGGAGCCAAACAUGGACGCAGUAACUGUCUGCACUGUUGCCGCCUCCGAAAGUCACAGCGCUCACAAAAUCAAUCCCGUUUGGAUGGUGGAGCAGGUGAUAUGUCUUCAUCGACCACGUUAUGUGAAAUGUAUACAAAUGCAUCCGCGGCAUUAGUUGCAGCGGGUAUACAGGCCACUGUGGCUUUGGCUAGAAAAGGUGGAGGAACUAACACCGCCGGAGGAUCGAGUGGAGUAUCUUCGAAUAAACUACCUUUGCAUCAACAUCAUCAUCAGCAACAAUUUAGUAAUACUUCAUCAAUAAUGCUAUCGGAAUUGCAAAUUCAUUCGCCUGAAAGUAUUUUAAGCGAAGAAAGUUUGCCAGAUAAAUUGAUGGCAAAUAUUCUUUAUAACGUUCAACGAUUAGCGAACCCUGUCAGUGCUAAACAAUCUAAAAUGGCAUUAUUAGAACUAAAACAAAAGCAUCCAGCUUCAUUUCAAGACAUUUGUCUAUAUUCCGAAGUUUGCCGGACGUUGGGGCGCAGCAGUUACCGAAUGAAUGCAAGGCGUUUCUUGCAGGAGUUGUUCUUAGAUUUGGACUUCGAUACGUUCUAUAAUGAACCCUUGGAAAUAAUAAAUAAAAAAGAGAGAGAAUCGUUCAAAAGUUCUGAUAACAAAGAACGGACUAUAGGUCCAGACAAGUUGUCUUUGCUAAAGGAAAGAAUGAAAAGAGAUUUAAAUUCCCCUGGUAACCGCCUUGAUAACAGUUCGGUAGAUUCUCGAUCAGAAUCAAUUCAAUCUGCAACAACAGGAAGCAACAAUGUGAUAGUGAUUGGGUCGCAAACGAUAAAAACUCACAUUAAGUCUCAACCUUUAGCUAGUGUCUAUGAAGCGAGUUGUGAAAACUUACUGUUAGAUCCGUCACCUCGUCUUAAAAAUUCAUCAAUUUCAGGAAAAUCAAUAAACUCGAAACAAAAUUGCAAAAAUUUUACCAUUGCGCCGCCGCCAGCUGCACCGCCGCCUUUACAGGAAUACAAUACAGAGCUCAGAAUAACAUCGGAUGACGAUGAUGAGGAUGAAAAUGACAAUGUCGAGGAAGAUGAACUUUCAGGCAAUAGCAGUCAUUUUCGUUCUUCUCAAAGACAAAAGCAACAAAUUUCUGACGAAAUUGAUGGUACUGUUGUGUGUUCAUCAUCAUCAGUAAAUAGUCUUAACCCUGCCUCCUCCUCCAACAUAACCCAUCCUAUACAUUCAACCACUGCCUUUUUUUCUCAAAACAACUACUUACAGAGCGGAGGAGGUGUCAGUACACCCAUCAGCAGCAGUAACUGCAGUGAUCAGACAACUACGAGUAACCGUAGCAGUAUAUGUACUAUAAGUCAUCAUCCUUUAAAUACCAAUACUAACAACAGCAAUAGACAUAAAUCGACGCCCCUAACUUCACCCUCUCUGUCUAAAACUAUAGAGAAUGAAAAUACCAAAUUCCGUAGAGGCCGCUUUUAUACACUAGAAUUGGAUUUAAGUUGCACCAAAAAUAAAUUCCCCAUUACCGAUAGAACAAAGGCAAAUAUAAGUUCCCCUUUUGCUCAUAAGUCAGCCACAGAAAAAACUCCAACAGAGCAGACUCCAGCAACUUUGUUGAACACAACAUCACCCAGUAAGACAAUAACAACAAAUGCCUCACUACUAAGGCAGCACUCGUUGGGAUCCGACUCCUCAUCUAACUACAAACUUCCUAUUUCACGUUUGUCAUAUACGGCUGGCGUAACGCCAUUACCGACAUCAACAACAUUAACAAAUACUAUUUCCACAUCAAGCGACUCAAAUAAUCCAAAGUAUUUAAUAACGAAAAGUUUAGCAGCGUCUUUAGCACAGCCUUUUGGAACUUUGUAUUGUGAAAAACGUUUGCAAUCCUCCAAAUCUGAAGCAGUGCUGAUGCAGAAUCCAUCACUUUCUACCUUUGCUUCUGGCAUUCUACCAUCAACUUCUACGACUUCCACAGUUUAUGGUAACAUUGGUUCCAGAGAAACUAACCCUCUGUGUGCUGCAGUUAGUAAAACAAGUACAAUUUCACGUUCUUCGUCGAGUCAUGAGGGCGAAAAACAGCAAAAGCAAUCAUAAUUGUGUAUUCUUCUAUAUUAGUUAAUCCUACUACAAAAUAUUCACUGAAAUGUACACACAAACACUCGUGUGUUCAUAAUUCGCAUCACUAUUUACACGCGUACAUAUGCCAAAAUUUAUUUUUUAUUAUAUGUAUGUACAUUGUGUGCUUUAUUUAACUGAUCCAUAUUUUUAUAUAAACAUACAUAUUAAAAUUCAUUUUCAUAUGUUUUUUUUUUUUACUUUGUUAUUCUAUUAAAACUAUAUACUAAGAGCUUCUCAAAAAUAUCUUCGAAAUACAUACACGUUUUGCUACAUACAGACAUACUUCGCAUUUCAGUAUUAAUUCUUUUAUUGCUCCUUGGUCCUAUAAUAACAUGUAUGAAUAACAUUUUGUGUGCAUACAUCUGUAGAUUGUACUUUUGCAGUGCCGCAAUAUACUUUGACGUAUUUAAUAGUAUGUACUUUAUUAUUUCAAAGCUUUUUUCAACUUUUCAUAACUGACUAUUUCAUUUACAGUUGCUAUAAACAUCUAACACAUUUUGUACAUGGUUUUUCAUUUGCACAUUCUUAUUUAUUUUAUUAUUGAGUUGUUUUAUCCGCCCAAAGUAUUUCUAGAGAUUGUUCGAAUCAUUUGAUCCAAUAUAGAUGUUUAGUAUUUAGUAUUUGUUUAUUUAUUUUGUGGAUGAAAAAUAUUGUAUUAGCGGUUAUUGAUAUAAAUAUCAUUUAAGAGUGAAGCCAGUAAAGAAUAAUUAUUCAAACCCAACCCAAUAAGAAUAUUUUUUUUUUAAAUGAGUCCACCCCUUUUGUAAUUUAAAAAGCUUUUAAAAUGUUAUAUACUAUUUAAGCGAGUGUACAUAUUAUUGGUUAAUUGUUUUUUUUUUUUUCAAAACGUCUUUUGAUAAAUACAUUAAACGUUCUUAAAACAUACAAAUUCCCUACCUCCCAAGUUUUAUGUUUUACUGAGUCUUUAUAAGGGUGAAUUGAAUUAAUUUAUUCAUAUGUUAAAUCCUUAAUUCAUAUGUAAAUGCUGUGUAUCAGUGUUCAAUAUGCAGCUUUUAAUUAUUUCCAUCUUUAAUUCGGAAUAAAAUCUGUGAAUUCUGCAAAGAAUUAAUUCAGUUUGUCGGCUAGUUUUACUGUUUUCCAAUAUAUCUUUUGUUUUUAAUGAAAUCGAAAAAAAAAAUAUGUGAAAAUUACAAUUUAUCUGAAGAUGACUCAAUUUUCACAGUAUAUGCACUGAAAAAGAUUAUUAAGAACUCCUGAAUCUUUAAAAAGUAUAAAAAUUAUAAAACAUAAGCAAUUUAUAUAACAAGAGAAUCUAAAAAAGAACAUAUUAAGUAUCGACAAUGCUUUGACCAAAGCUUAAUGUGUAAUUUUUCGAUUUUAUUUUAUAUUACUCUACCAACUAACCUAUAGUUAACAUUUAAAUCACUUAAAAAAUGUGUAAAUAUUUUUCCUACCCUUAACAUGUAGUUAAAUUUAAUCAAAAAAACUUAAUUUGUUUUAAUUUUUAACCUUUUCAAAUUAAAUAGGCCAAGUUUGUAUUAUUAAUGGUGGCAAGAAUUUUUUUGGGGUCAUUAUUCGAUUAGUUAAAUACGAUAGUUAUGGUCAAAAACAUUGACGAUACAAUUAUUAGUUGUUAAAAACUAAAAACUAAUUAUAAAAUAUAAAAAUAUUACUACUAUAAAAUACACACGUACUAUUUUGCCCAAUUCACAACCUGUGAUUUGAGAGUAUUCAUGUCACCUAUUUUUAACCUUGCAACAUCGUAUCUGUAUGUUGUUGUUGUGAUUGUGCGAAAAUUCGCAUUUUCGCAAGCGUAAAAAAUGGUGACGUGUAUUACUCUUUUGUUUUUGUUUUUGUUUUGAAAAACUUUGUUUGGAAAAUAUUUUUGCCUUAGAACUAUACAACGUAAGUUGUGAAUUGGACAUUUAUGUAUUUAUAUUUACUUACAAAUAUACAGCCAAACUGCGAUAUUUUUGAUUUUAUUAUUCGAGUUCAAGAUAUAAUUGUAUGUACAUAUGUGUAUAUAAUUCUUAAUAACUUUUUUAUUUAUUAUUUUUUUUAUAGUGAGUUUUAAAUUAAAAUAAAAACCAUAUUUUAUGUUCAAACUAAGGCCCUAAAUUUUGAAAUUUUGUUUUUGCUUUCCAUAUAAAUAUCACUUUGGUGACGUGAUUUACAAAAUUAGGGCCUAAAAGAAUUCUUGAAGUACUAGAAAUAUUUCAAAUUAGCUUUGAUCACGAAGGUCUUUGUUUUUGUGAACUAUGUAAUAGUAUACCAAAGACGUGGGUAAAUUUAUCAAAUAAUGAAUCAACAUUUUUGAAAUAUAAAAAGAACAAAAGACAUUUUUGAAGAGAUUUUUAAUAACGUUCAUUUUUAUUGUUUAUCAUAAAGAAACAAAAAAAUAAAUGAUUUUAUCAUAGAUACAUUCUCAUGACUUAAAUUUUUGACAACUAACUUGUAAACAAUUUACACGACAUAGAACUACUCAUUUUACAUAAAGAAACAAUUUUAAUACAAUUAAAUAAGUCAGUCGUUCAUGCACAUAAAUACAUACAUGUUAAAAUAAAUAAACUGCCACUUUGAAUUAAUAACUCUGUUACACAUACAUAUGUACAUAUAUUCUAAAGAAGAUUGUAAACUGACACAGAACUAGUCUUGUUCUUAAUUGAAUGUUCUUUGAUCAUGUCUAUUGCAAAGUUGGAGCUAGUGGACUAAAUUUUGAUUGCAAUAAGAAUUUCACUAGCACUAAUUAUAUUCGAUUUUUCGCUAUUGUGAAAAAUGUCUUUACUACCAUUGAAAUUGACACAUUUUAUUUCUGUCUGCUUAAACUAAUUCGGGCUCGCUGUAUUUAGUGGUGCUAAUCGUUUUUUUAGGUUAGCUAGUAUUUUCGAGAUAUGCCGUUAUUUCGAAAAUGGAGGAGGUUGAUUAACAUAUAUUCGCGUAACUAAAAAACGGUUUAGUUUAUUAAAUAAACUGAAAAAAUCGAAAUUCCGCAAUAAAAUUACCUUUAAUCAAGUCUUAACACGUUUUAAUCUUCGCAGUCGUUUUUGGCUACAUUUUCCAAUUUUUUAUGCCGUUUUAAAAAACAAAAAAUUCGAAAUUUUCAUAAAAAAAUAUUUUUGUUUGCCAAAAACAAAUUAUGUUUCUAAAACAACUGCGCAGGUUAAAAAAAAGUUUUAGACUUACUCAAUAAAUUACCUUUAUUCUAUUGUGGAAUUUCGGGUUUUUCAGUUUAUUCAAUAAACUAAACCGUUUUUGAGUUAUGCGAAUAUAUGUUAUGGAACCUCCUCCAUUUUCGAAAUAACGGUAUAUCUCGAAAAUACGAGCUAACCUAAAAAAAAACGAUUAGCACCACUAAAUUCAGCGUACGCGAAUUAGUUUAACCCACCGGGUGCCCCGCUUGACAGGUUUUUCAACUAGCACAGUGUAAUUGUACCAGAACCAGAUACCGAAAAUAACGGGUUCACUUUAAUUUCAAUGGUAAAUUCUCAUUCGCAGCCAUUUAAAAAUAAUUUUUUGUGAUAUAUCACUGAGAGAGUGAUUUAUUCGAGAACAUUUAAGGUUUGGGGUUGAGAGAAACAGAAAAGAAACAAACACAAAUAAUCUGGAUGAGGUCAGCUUGUGACUUUUAUAUGCGAACAUGAAAAAUAAAUCGCAAAAAUGAAUUUGAUGCAAAUCAACGCUUAAAUAUAUAAAAUUUAUCAAAAGAUUAAUAACAAUUUAAAAAAAAUCUCAUUUCUGUUACUCAGACUUCAUUUCAUUACUUCAUACUAUCAUAUUAUUUCCAUAAUUUGUUAAAAACUUACUAAUAAUAUGUUACUAAGAACAAGAACAAAUGAAUUGUUUAUCUCACACCAAACCAUUAAAAAACAACAAAAACGAAUUAUUAUCACAAAAAUAUAAAUCACAAUUUGGGUUUUUUGGUAUAUGGACGAGUUAUUUUCGAUCUCUGACCAGAACAUAUACAUAUAUGACAUGACUAGGUAUAUUUUGUAAUACACCACUAAACAUCAAUACUAAUAGUGAAAAAUGUUGCAAUAUCACUAGCUAUUAACGGCAACUGUAGAUUCCGUGCACUACCCCCAACUCUGUUUUAUUGGAGUAGUAAAUAGGCACUUUUGGACACAUCUAGUACCAGCUUCGGUACGAGAUAUUUGAAGACUAAUAUUUCUUUCAGAGAUACGAGUCAAAUUGAUAGAUAAUGUAUAUUUUUCUUUGCUUCCUAAUAUCAAUUUCCUUUUAAUUUUAGUUUUCUAUUAAAUACAAUUAAAGUUAUGUUACCUAUUAAUUUCUAGUAUUCUCGUAUUAUUUAAAUCAUAAUUUUCGUAGUUUUAAACAGUUUAAUUUCGAAAUUAAUGAACAGUAAACGAUAUAUGAAGAACUUAUUUCAUAAUUAAAAAUAAUAAAAUAAGACAUAAAAUAUUUGUAAAUUUAUAUACUAUAAUUUAUAACACAACAGAAUGUAUAAUCGCGAUAACUCGGCUAAUUGUUUAGUUUUAGUAUCACUUAUAAAUAAAUUAAAUAUUUAAUUUCAAUAAGUAAACCUAAAUAUGAAAUCAAUAAUUUAUUAUACAAAAAUAAAAACAUAAAAUAAAUAAACCAACAAAGAAACGAUAAAACGAAAAACAAAAUGCGAAAAAUAAACUCACUUAAAAAUUAUUAAAAAUA